UUGGAGGCGGCCGAACCGCAGUGGAGAGAGACCAGGGCGGCGGAGACUGAGGCGCUGGCGGCCUCCACCUCCUCCGAGGUUCCCCAACGCACUGCCCUAGAUUUAUUGCGCAGCUGCUUGGGGUCAUCUCUUCUUUGCUUCUCGUAGGAGUCGCAAUUCCAGGAGCAAUAGCCCAAACGAGGACGCGGUUCCCGCACAGAGGGCUUCAGCACCAUCUCCCCGACCAUUAGGCGGCGGGAUGUCUGUGGUUGGCAUUGACCUCGGCUUUCUCAACUGCUACAUCGCAGUAGCGAGGAGUGGCGGCAUCGAAACCAUCGCUAAUGAGUACAGCGAUAGGUGUACCCCGGCCUGUAUAUCUUUGGGAUCGAGAACGCGAGCCAUUGGAAAUGCAGCUAAGAGUCAGAUAGUCACGAAUGUAAGAAAUACAAUUCAUGGUUUCAAAAAGCUUCAUGGGCGAUCAUUUGAUGAUCCUAUUGUGCAAACUGAAAGGAUCAGACUUCCCUAUGAACUGCAGAAGAUGCCUAAUGGAAGUGCAGGAGUUAAGGUGCGAUACUUAGAAGAAGAGAGACCAUUUGCAAUUGAGCAAGUUACCGGAAUGUUACUGGCUAAGCUUAAAGAGACUUCAGAAAAUGCUUUGAAGAAACCAGUGGCUGACUGUGUGAUUUCAAUUCCUAGCUUUUUCACUGAUGCUGAGAGGAGAUCUGUGAUGGCUGCAGCCCAGGUUGCCGGUUUAAAUUGUUUAAGGUUAAUGAAUGAAACUACUGCAGUUGCACUAGCAUAUGGAAUUUAUAAACAGGAUCUUCCUCCAUUAGAUGAAAAACCAAGAAAUGUAGUAUUUAUUGAUAUGGGACAUUCUGCCUAUCAGGUUGCAGUUUGUGCAUUUAACAAAGGAAAACUUAAAGUGUUGGCUACUACUUUUGAUCCAUAUUUGGGUGGCAGAAACUUUGAUGAGGCUUUAGUAGACUACUUCUGUGAUGAGUUCAAGUCAAAAUAUAAGAUAAAUGUGAAAGAAAACUCUCGGGCCUUGUUACGUUUAUAUCAGGAAUGUGAAAAACUAAAGAAGCUAAUGAGUGCAAAUGCAUCAGAUCUUCCACUGAACAUUGAGUGUUUCAUGAAUGACCUUGAUGUUUCAAGUAAAAUGAACAGGGCUCAGUUUGAACAAUUAUGUGCUUCCCUCUUUGCCAGGGUUGAGCCACCAUUAAAAGCAGUAAUGGAACAAGCUAACUUACAACGUGAAGACAUAAGUAGUAUAGAAAUUGUAGGCGGAGCAACACGAAUUCCUGCAGUGAAGGAACAGAUCACUAAAUUCUUUCUUAAAGACAUAAGUACCACAUUAAAUGCUGAUGAAGCUGUUGCAAGAGGAUGUGCAUUACAGUGUGCAAUUCUCUCACCAGCGUUUAAAGUGCGUGAAUUUUCCAUAACAGACCUUGUUCCCUAUUCAAUCACGUUAAGAUGGAAGACCUCUUUUGAAGAUGGAAUUGGGGAAUGUGAAGUAUUCUGUAAGAACCAUCCCGCACCAUUCUCAAAAGUCAUUACUUUCCACAAGAAGGAACCAUUUGAACUAGAAGCAUUUUAUACUAAUUUACAUGAAGUGCCUUAUCCUGAUCCAAGAAUUGGGAUCUUCACUAUUCAGAAUGUUUUCCCACAAUCUGAUGGUGAUAGUUCCAAAGUGAAGGUUAAAGUUCGUAUUAACAUCCAUGGAAUCUUCAGUGUGGCUAGUGCAUCAGUAAUUGAGAAGCAAAAUGUAGAAGGAGAUCACAGUGAUAUUCCUAUGGAGACAGAAACUUCUUUUAAGAAUGAAAGCAAAGAUGAUGUGGAUAAAAUGCAGGUUGACCAAGAAGAAGGAGGUCAUCAAAAAUGUCAUGCUGAACAUACUCCAGAAGAAGAAAUUGAUCAUACAGGCACCAAAUCAAAGUCUGCUCCUUCAGAUAAACCAGAGCGAUUAAACCAGACCAUUAAAAAAGGAAAAGUCAAGAGUAUUGAUCUACCUAUCCAGAGUAGCCUGUGUAGACAACUGGGCCAAGAUCUUCUCAAUAGCUACAUUGAAAAUGAGGGGAAGAUGAUAAUGCAGGAUAAGUUAGAGAAGGAAAGAAAUGAUGCAAAGAAUGCUGUUGAAGAAUAUGUAUAUGAUUUUAGAGAUAAGCUUGGCACUGUCUAUGAAAAAUUCAUCACUCAAGAAGACUUGAAUAAACUGUCAGCAAUAUUGGAAGACACAGAAAACUGGCUUUAUGAAGAAGGAGAGGACCAACCUAAACAAAUUUAUGUGGAUAAGCUUCAAGAACUAAAGAAAUAUGGCCAGCCGAUUCAAAUGAGGUACAUGGAACAUGAAGAGAGACCAAAAGCUUUAAAUGACUUGGGAAAAAAGAUCCAACUUGUUAUGAAAGUGAUAGAAGCAUACAGAAACAAGGAUGAAAGAUACGAUCAUCUGGAUCCUGCUGAAGUGGAAAAAGUUGAAAAAUUUAUCAGUGAAGCCAUGAGCUGGCUGAACAGUAAGAUGAACGCACAGAACAAACUAAGUCUCACUCAAGAUCCUGUGGUCAAAGUUGCAGAAAUAGUUGCAAAGUCAAAGGAACUGGAUAAUUUCUGUAACCCCAUCAUUUACAAGCCCAAACCGAAAGUAGAGGUUGCUGAAGACAAAGCAAAAGCUAAUAGUGAACACAACGGUCCAAUGGAUGGACAGAGUGGGACUGAAACUAAACCAGAUACAACAAAAGACAGCUCACAGCAUACUAAAUCUUCUGGAGAGAUGGAAGUGGACUAAAUCUUAAUUAACUUCAUGUAAUUGAAACAGUGCAAGUAACCACAGGGUCCAUUCUUCUUUUACAUCUGGUACACAAAACAGAUGUUUAGUUGUUCUUAACCACUUUUUGUCAUUUAUUUUUUGGAGUAGUUUGAAAAGUGUUUUAUGUUGAGAGCACUUCUGUUCAUUUCCAUUGCUGCUUAUGUGAAGCUUUAGCUGAAUAUAGAUUUACAAGUCAGUUUAAGCUUUCCUAAUAUAUUUUAUAUCAAACAUGCAAGAUUGAUAAGUAGUUGGCAACAGUCUACCUUAUUUAAGCUUCUACUUGGAUAAACCUCAGAGCUCCUUUAUUCAGGAAAGGAUACUGUAUUGCACUAUUGUUGCAGAAGAAUAGAUUUAACUGCAUCAUUAUUUUGAAAAACAAGUAUUGAAAUUGAUGUGGUUUAAAGCCACUGAAGCACUAACCUUUUUAUAGUUAUUAUAUUGUUAUAAUUUUAAAUAAGAGGUUCCUUGACAAAUUAGUCAAUCUCAUUGGUGUGUCAUGAGAACUCUAAAACUUUGCUGUCAUCAUAUAUAUGAACUAAAUCACAACACUGAAAGGGAAAAUGCACAAUUUUAUUUUAAGGUGACACCAGCAGUUUGCUUCUUUGUAAGUUAUGUGGAUUGAUGUUUCUCAGAGUAAUUCACUGUCUCUUGCACUUGAAACUUCUGAUCUACUUGUCCUGAAGACCAGCUGCUGUAAAGUAAAGCUAGUCUAAAGAUGAUGCAGAAUUUUUGAUGAAAAUACCUUCAUGUUAAGAGAGGGAAAUACUGUUGAUCUACCCAGACAUGGAUCUGUGAUGUUGACAGCCUUGUUUCAGUUUUAAGAGUUGUUUUGGUUUUCUUAAUUGAUUUUGUUAAUAUGUUAAUGCAAGUUAGGGAGACAUGGCACAAUAUGUAUUGCAUUAUAUAUAUUUAUCAGUGAUUUACUUAAUGUUAACAUAUAGAUAAACACUAUGAGAUAAGUGGUAAUACUUGAAAAGAAGCACUUAAUACUGUAAGUCUUAGGAAAUAAUGCUUGUAAUAAACUUAACUAUCAUAAACUUACAUAUCAACAGGCAAAAUACAGAAUGUUACGUAGUGUAAUAUGAUGUGAUUAAAUUAUAGUUCCCGCUAUUACAUUCCCCAUUCAGACCUUGGCUCCAGUUUUGGUGCUUCAUAUAUAAAUUACGUGGGACAAGGGACUAUGAAAUUAAGAUAUUUUAAGGACUUAAUAUGUGCUUCAUUACCAGACUUGUUCAAGCUGUUCAGUUCUGUCCAGAAGUUGAAACUAUAUAAAUAUGGGAACAGACUGAGCUGACUUUUCAAACUACAAGAAAAAGAAGCAAAGACAACGUAUGGGCACUGUGUUGUUAAUGGCAAUCAACUAGAUUGACUUAGGUUAAAAUUUUGACACCUCAGUUUUUCCCCAAGCUACAUCUUUAUAUUAAGAAGAAUUAAUAUUGACUUUUCUUAAGUAGUAAAAAUUGAGAGUUUAAUAUCUUUAGGGAUAGUCAUUACUUCUCACAACUAGUUCUCUAAGAGAGAUUUUGUUUCUACAAUGUAGUCUGCACUGAAAAGAAAGUAUGGAGCAGUGCAUUUUGCAGGGAUUUUUAUUCAUCCUUUUUGAGGGAGAUGUCCUGUUUUUGCAUUAAAAAAUCAUAUGCACCCAAUAUAUUUUUAAAUGUCUUUUAGUCUUUAAUGAAACAAUUAUAUCCAUUAGUAAUGAUGAAAUACAUUUUUAAAAGGCAUGUAAUGGUUACUUUUCAUUUGUAUGUUGAAUAUAGGUUCAGUAAAAGCGUCAAAGUUAUAAAAGGGAAUAUUAACAGUACACAGGGAGUUCAUAGUUUUUUUCUUGGGUUAAGAAAAUCUCUACCCACCCGCUAUGUUAGAAGCUGUACCUACAAAACUAAUUGGGAAUAAAUAUGGGAACAACU